UAUUUCAGUUCACUCAGGGUACAUCCAACGAGGACAUGGAUGACGAAAAUGCAACAUUGCUGACAGGGUUUGUUCUCACAGGACUUACAUAUCAAUCAGAGUGGAAAAUACCCCUGUUCCUGGCAUUCUUGGUAAUAUAUCUCAUCACCAUCAUGGGGAAUCUUGGUCUGAUUGCUGUCAUCUGGAAAGACUCACACCUUCAUGUUCCAAUGUACUUAUUCCUUGGGAGUUUAGCCUUUGUGGAUGCUUGGUUAUCAUCCUCAGUGACCCCUAAGAUGCUGAUCAGCUUUUUAGCUAAGAGUAUGAUUAUUUCUGUCUCUGAAUGCAAGAUACAAUUUUUUUCCUUUGGAAUCAGUGGAACCACAGAAUGUUUUCUCUUGGCAACAAUGGCGUAUGAUCGCUAUGUAGCCAUAUGCAAACCUUUACUUUAUCCAGUCAUUAUGACCAAUGGACUGUGUAUCCGGCUAUUAGUCUUGUCAUUUAUAGGUGGCUUUCUUCAUGCCUUAAUUCAUGAAGGUAUUUUAUUCAGAUUAACCUUCUGUAAUUCCAACAUAAUACAUCACUUUUACUGUGACAUUAUCCCAUUGUUAAAGAUUUCCUGUACUGACCCUUCUAUUAAUUUUUUAAUGCUUUUUAUUUUGUCUGGUUCAAUACAGGUAUUCACUAUUUUGACUGUUCUUGUCUCUUAUACAUUUGUCCUCUUUACAAUCUUAAAAAAAAAGUCUGCCAAAGACAUAAGGAAAGCCUUUUCCACCUGUGGAGCCCAUCUCUUAUCUGUCUCUUUAUACUAUGGCCCCCUUCUCUUCAUGUAUGUGCGCCCUGCAUCUCCACAAGCAGAUGAUCAAGAUAUGGUGGAGUCUCUAUUUUGCACUGUCAUAAUUCCUUUCUUAAAUCCCAUUAUCUACAGCCUGAGAAAUAAGCAAGUCAUAGAUUCACUGACAAAAGCAUUAAAAGGAAAUGUUUAGAUCUCAUACUGGAAUGUAUUCUCUAUUUAAAGUCACAUAAUCAUGCAGGCUAGAUGUCAGUAUAUGUUAGUGUAUGUUUAAAGUUUUUUGCAGUUACAAUUGUCCUAACUUUUUACGACUCAAGUCAUUAGUAUCUAAUGAAUUCUUUAAGAUAUUUGUAUAUAUUAUUGAAAAGCAUACAAGAAAAUUUUGUCAACUGUUCAUGACAUACUAGAUUAGAGCAGAAAAAAAUAAAAACAUUUUACAGGUUUCUUGCUCUUUAAUGUGGCUUUAUAAACGGAUCAGGUGCUACAAUAGUAGAUCCUUUAAUAACAACUUGAGUAUGAUGUCUUUGUUACUAAUCCAGGUUUAUAAACUGGAGAUUCAUAGCACAAUUCCUCCAUAGAACAAGUCUGUGUUUGCAUGAACCCAAACAAAUCUCAUGAAUUCAGCUAACCAUCACAAAGUGUUUUAUUCCACUUUAUUGGGAAAUGGUUAAUUUCUUCUCUUGUAGAGAUUCAAUUCACAUAUCAU